ACGCUGAAGCAUUACCAAGUCCUCGGCGUCGCUUUCAUGCGGAGGCGCGAGAAUGGUACCAGUGAGCCUCGCGGAGGCAUUCUCGCCGACGAGAUGGGUCUCGGCAAGACCAUUCAGAUGAUUGCAAACAUCAUCAAUGGCAAACCCGACAAAAGAGCCGAGGAGAAAUGCACCCUCAUUAUCGCUUCGCCGGCCUUAAUCUCACAAUGGUAUGAUGAGAUUCUGAAGUUCACCCAGUUCAAGAAGACGAAGAAGAACAAGGACGAUGGGAAUGACAAAUCGAAGCAUGGCCUUGGCGCGGUGAUUCAGCAUCGAGCCAAGCAUCGGAUUCCGGGGAGUGAGAAGCAGAUCAUCGCGACGAUCAAGAAGGCAUCCGUUUGCCUCACAACUUGGGGCGAGGUCAACAAAAGCUACCCGAAAGCCGUGUGUCCCAGAGAGCUCACAACCGCGGGACAGAAGUCGGAAUGGUGGAGAAAUCACUUCAACGAGGAGAAAGGCAUCUUCCACAAGAUCAAGUUCCACAGGAUCGUUCUUGAUGAGGCGCAACACAUCAAGAAUCACACCGGCCACGCCAGCAUGGCAUGUCGGGCACUUCUGGCGAACCACUACUGGGCCAUCUCCGGUACGCCGUUGAUGAACGGAGUCAAGGAGAUGUAUGCCUACCUUCGAUUCAUCCGCUAUCCCAAUGCCGGCUCUUUCAAACUGUUUUCGGAAAACUUCUGCUCCAGGGAAGACCCGAACGGCAGCGAAAAGCUCGGAGUCAUCCUCCGCCAAUUUGUCAUCCGCCGCACACAUGCGGACACUUUGUUCAAGGCGAAGUUGUUGGACCUGCCGCCGCCCACGCAGAGAGUCCUGUAUCUGGAAUUCAAUGAGGUCGAACGUAGUGUCUACGAGAUCGUCAAGAACCGCUUCAUCCAGCGCAUCAACGCCAUGAACCGACGUGAGGGCGUGAAGUCUGGAUAUAACCACAUCUGGACCAUGCUGCUGCGGCUGAGGCAGCUUUGCGCGCACCCACUUCUCAUCCAGGACACGAUCCUAGACUUGCUGGAGAGGGAGGACUUUGAGAAGCUGAACCAGAUUACCGAGGACACCAGCGACGACUCCGAAGAAACCACUGGCAUCUUGAGUCACCUCAAGCACCGGUGCUCGAGCUGUCGGAACCCGCCUGCGGAGCCACAUAUCACAUCUUGCUUCCACAUCUACUGCCAUCAGUGCUUGAUGACCAUCCAGCAUGGCGCGGCUCGCCAGGGAAAAGACCAUGCGCGCUGUUUGGAGUGCGGUGCCGAGUUUCAAAGCGUGAAGAUGCUCGACGAGCGGAUAGUGGAAAAUCAGCCACCAGCCGCCAACGGCAAAACCAAGAAGAAGAAGAAAGAUGCUCGCCCACAACUGAAUUGGAUCGGACUAAACGGUGAAGUCCUUCCUUCUGCCAAAACUAUUGCGGCCAAGGCGCAGAUCCUCGAAUGGUUGUCCUCCGACCCCACCGCAAAAAUCAUCAUCUACACGCAAUUCAUCCCGAUGGUGACUAUAUUGGCCAAAGUCUGCGAGACUGAGGGCUGGGGCUACUGCAAAUACACGGGCGGAAUGUCGCUCGACGCCCGCGAGAAGUCGAUCCGCGAGUUCAGCAGGAACGACGGCGAGAAAGGCGACGAAGAAGACGACGAUCAAGACGACGAGCCCGAGCCUAAGCGCAUCCUCAUCGCCUCUCUCAAAGCCGGCGGUCUGGGACUGAACAUCGUCGCAGCCUCUCGCGUCAUCAUGCUCGAUCCAUGGUGGAACGACGCCGUAGAGCAGCAGGCUUUCUGCCGCGUUUUCCGCAUCGGGCAGGUGAAGGAGACUCAGCUCACGCGCUUCUGUGUGAAGAAUACCAUUGACGCCGCCAUGUUUCAGGUCAAGGAGCGCAAGAUCGAUGAAAUUGAAAAAGUCAUGGAG